AUGAAAAAAAACGUCCGAGCUCUGUUCACACUCGCAGCAAAGGUCUCCCCAACUAUUAUCUUUGUGGAUGAGGUUGACAGCAUGCUUGGGCAGCGGACCAGAGUUGGGGAGCAUGAGGCCAUGAGGAAGAUAAAAAACGAGUUCAAGACACACUGGGAUGGGCUGUUGACAAAAACCGGAGAGCGAAUUCUUGUUCUGGCUGCAACCAACAGACCAUUUGACCCUGAUGAAGCAAUCAUCAGGCGGGUUGAGCGCAUGCCGCAUGACAAAAAUAUCACAAAGCCUAUGAGAAUGAUGAUCCCCACAACAAUCAAUUUUAUCUUCACAUUCUGA